UAUUUGGAGCAUACCUGCAGAGUAUGGAAGAUAACGAAAAAUUGUUUAAGCGGUGUUCGAACUUUACUUGAGAAAUUCUGACUGUCAAUAUUACCAAAAUAAUUAAAAUGACCAAGACUAACCGAGCGAAAGUAUCAAGUGGUUUAAAUCGCUAUAACUUUCGACUUUAUUCAAUCAAUCAUUGUUCUGCAGGCAUGAAAACAUUGCGAGAUUCAUGUUUCCUCGAAUACGCUAUUAUAUACAUUUGUCUAUAAUUAUGUAAUUUUACAUUAUUUAGACUUUUUUUAAACCGAGACCAGCAUUUGGCGCGGUCAGUGCCGCUGUCUUCUCUAUUUCUUUCCAUGUGUUCUGACGUGUCCCUUAGUCCCUGUGCAGCCCGUGCACUAUGAUUACAGCAGACUAGAGACUACAGUGCAUUGAGCAUUCCAUAGACCGUAUCCCAAUCGAAGUCCAAACUCGUCGAAUUUUUACAUAAGCUAUUUCUCUCCCUCGGUGUGAAAACACGAACAUUCAAGAUGAAUCGUUUUAUGAAAGUUCUCAAGAGUAAGGAAACUCGCGAUUAUUUUAUGAGCACGCACUUUUGGGGACCCAUUGCUAAUUGGGCGAUACCGAUUGCUGCCAUCUCCGAUAUCCAGAGGGAUCCCAAGUACAUUAGUGGUAAAAUGACCUUUGCCUUAUGCUUAUAUUCAGCAAUGUUCAUGAGAUUUGCAAUCAAGGUGCAGCCACGCAACAUGCUUUUAUUUGCCUGCCACUUUGUCAAUGAAGGUGCACAAAUUACGCAAGGUUAUAGAUUUAUUAAGCAUCAUUAUCUUGGUAAGAAGGAACAGUAAGUCAAAAGAUAUAUAUGAUAUUGACUUUAAAACAA